CUAGCAAGGAGAGGAAGCUACGAGGCCUGCACGAAAAGAGCAACUACAGACUACAGGAGUGGCACUAUUACUUCAUACUGAGAUGAAAAAUAGGGCUCGUUGCUAUUUUAGUACACGAACAAAUGCAUUGUAAUUAGCACCACGGUAAGCCUAUUUUCACGACUUCAGACGUGCGUUUUCACCUGCAUCCGGGCAGCGCCGUGGUUGUCACUCCUCAAGACCCCUUAUUGCACCAGGAUCAACAAUAACAAGUGUCGGCUUUAGGAGCCCUAAAACUGAAGGAGGCCCGAUUCUGCAGUGACUAUGAUGACCUGUUUCCGUGCUUUCAGGUGGUGAGAAUUAGGCCCGUUGUGCCGUGGGCAGCAUGAGCCAACAGCCAAAAUCUCAUCUCAAACUAUAGCCACAAAAACGCGGCCAGAGCGGACCAGAGACUGGACAUGGCAGCAGAGGAGGCCUCUCUGCGUAUUCUUGAAAGUCUUAUGACAGAGUUUUUCCACAGCUGCACUACCAAUGAUCGCAAGAGAGAAAUUGAGGAGCUGCUGAAUAGUUUUGCUGGACAACCUGGCUCCUGGAGGCACUGCUUCUACUUCCUCUCCAACAGCAGAAAUGAAUAUGUCAUGAUGUACAGCCUCACAGUGUUUGAGAACCUGGUGAACAAAAUGUGGGUGGGUGUGGCCAGUGAGGACAAGGCAGAGCUGCGGAGCUGCUUGCCAAAGCUGUUGCUAUCCCAGCAUGCUCAGUUGCCCUUCUUCAUCAGAAACAAGCUGUGCAAAGUCAUUGUAGACAUCGGACGCCAAGACUGGCCAAUGUUCUACCAAGAAUUCUUUAGCAACACGUUACAGUUGGUACAGUCCCCUUCAUUAGCUCCACUGGGCUUGGUCCUGCUGAAGAUGACGUCAGAGGAGCUGGUGUGUCCAAGGGAAGAUCUGAGCGUUGCCAGGAAAGAAGAACUGAAGAAACUCUUAUUGGAGCAAAUCCCCACUGUACUAAACUUAUUGACUGGUAUUCUGGAAACCAUUUGGGACAAGCACAGUGUUACAGUUACAACUCCCCCUCCAUCACCCACAUCAAGAGAUACAAGUGUGCUGGUGGGAGACGGCCCUGCGGCGGGGCUGGAGCUGGAGAGUGGCACGCUGUGCCUGCUGGCGCUGGAGUGCCUGGCUCACCUCUUCAGCUGGAUCCCGCUCUCCUCCUCCAUCACACCCGCCCUGCUGGCCUCCAUCUUCCACUUCGCGCGCUUUGGCUGCCAGCUGCCAGUCAAGGCCAAGCACCUGCCCACUUCCAAUGGGGACUCCGCCCCCAGCAACUUCCUAGCCAAUGGGAGCGAGGGGCAGGGAAGGACGGGCCAGAUGGUGGGCCAUGCAGAUCGGGCCCGGCUGGGCGUCAUGGCGAUGAGCUGCAUCAACGAACUGAUGUGUAAAAAUUGUGUCCCUCUGGACUUUGAGGAGUUUCUGCUGCGCAUGUUUCAGCAGACGUUUUACCUGCUGCAAAGACUCACAAACUCGCACAUCAACACACACACGGUCAAAAACAGACUGCAGGAGCUGGAUGAAAGUUACGUGGAGAAGUUCACGGACUUCCUGCGACUCUUUGUUAGUGUCCAUCUGAGGAGGAUUGAGUCCAAUGACCGGUUUCCCCUUGUGGAGUUUCUGGCUCUGCUCUUCAAGUACACUUUCAACCAGCCAACACACGAGGGCUACUUGUCCUGCCUCGAGAUCUGGAGCAUAUUCCUCGACUACCUGACCACGAAAAUCAGGAGCCGCCUGGCCGACAGAGACAGUGUCUUAAACAGGUACAAGGACGCCCUGGUCUUGCUGCUGAGGGAGGUUCUGAACCGGAUCCAGUUCAGGCUGAACCAAAGUCAGCUGGAGGAGCUGGACGACGAAACCCUCGAUGAUGAUCAACAGACUGAGUGGCAGCGAUAUUUGCGUCAGAGUUUGGAGGUGGUUGCCAAGGUGAUGGAGCUGCUGCCGUCUCAGACAUUUUCCAUUCUGUUCCCAGUGCUUCAGGAGGACUUGGAUAUUUACCUGGGACUGCAGCAGUUCAUUGUUACUACAGGAACCAAUCGUAGGUUGAACAUCACAGCGGAGGCUGACUGUAGAAGACUGCACUGCGCACUGCGAGAUCUCAGCUCUCUUCUGCAGUCGGUCGGGCGCCUGGCAGAGUUCUUUACCGGCGAUGUUUUCACUGCUCGUUUCACUGAUGCCCGGGCAAUCGUCCAGAGGCUUGUGGAGGUCACAUGUUAUGGUUCACAGAUCAGCCUCUAUGAUGUGGAGAUGGCUGUUCCUUCAGUUCUUAAACCAGACCUCAUUGACGUCCAUGCUCAGUCAUUGGCUGCUCUGCAGGCCUACUCUCAUUGGCUGGCUCAGUUCUGUAGUGAGGUGCAGCGGCAGCAGGAUCAAACGCAGUUUGUUGACCUCAUCACCUCCAGCAUGGCCGCCACCACCCCCCUCAUCAAUGCCAAGGUUCCAGAGAAACUGCUGUUGUCUGCGUGCCAUCUCCUGGUCUCCAUGGCAACAACUGUGCGGCCCGUGUUCUUGGUGUCAUUGCCAGCAGUCCAGAAUGUCUUCAAUCUGAUCACAGAAAACCAAAAUCACAGACUGCCUCAGGAGGCUUAUGUGUUGGUUUGUAGGGCUCUGUCCAACAUGCUGCUGUUGCCGUGGCCCAGCCUGCCUGAGGCAGAGCAGCAGUGGCCAAGCAGAUCAACCAGUCAUGCGCGGCUCAUCAGCACCAUCACGCAUCAGUACCGCCUCCAGCCCCGCCCACCAAACCACCAUCCCAACAGUAAAGUGGUGCUCCAGCAGACCCUGUGUGUACUCCGGGAUCUCGUGGACAGCAUAUCGGGAGAAGCCACCAAAUCCCGUCAGAUCUGUUACCAGAGCCUACAGGAGUCUGUCCAGGUCACCCUAGCCCUGUUCCGUCUGUACAUCCAGCAGCCUGAUGUGACGGAUGAGGUGCUGAGUUUCUUCCUCGCAUUGUUCCAGGCUCUGCGUGUGCAGAUGGGGGUAGCCUUCACCGAGCAGAUCAUUCAGACCUUCCUCAGCAUGUUCACCAGGGAACAACUUGCCAUCAGUAUCCUGCAGGAGGGCAGUUCUGGCUCUAAAGUUGUGCAGAAAUUCCUCAAGAUUCUUCAGGUUGUGGUUCAGGAACCCGGUCAGACCUUUAAGCCCAUGUUACCCAGUAUCCUCAGUCUCUGUAUGGAGCAGGUGUACCCUAUCGUGGCAGAGCGCUCCUGUCCUGACGUCAAAACCGAGAUGUUCGAGCUACUUUUCCAAAUACUCCAUCACAACUGGAGGUUCUUCUUCAAGACCUCGGUCCUGAGCAGUGUGCAGAGAAGCGGAGCUGAGGAACACAUGGAGAACCAGGCACAGUUUAUCGCCGCUAUGCAGGCUUUUGGACAGUCUUUCCUUCAGCCAGAUAUCCACAUCUUUAAGCAGAACUUGAGCUAUCUGGAAAUUCUAAACACCAAACACAAACUUUAUCACAGGAAGCUGUUCCGGAGCUCCAUGCUGUUCCACUUCAUAAAUGUGCUGCUGCAAGUCCUCCUGCACAAGAGCCAUGACCUCCUACAGGAUGACAUCACCCUGGCCCUCUACAACAUGGCUGCUGUAGAUUUCCCAGCAUUCUAUUCCUCCUUUCUACCAGAGUUCCUCAGUGGCUGCCAGGGUAUUGACCCUCAUCAACGCACAACACUUACUCGCAACUUCACACCAGAGAGGGACCUGCCAUCGUUUUCUCAGGGAGUGUACAGAUUGGUGAAUGACCUGCGCUUUUAUAGACUGUGCAAUGGAAGCCUGCCACCUGGGACCCUAAAACUAUAGCAACAUGCCCCAUUCACCGCACAGCCAAGCCAUGGCCCGUCCAUAUAAGGAUGUAGAUCACUUCCAGUUCAGUGAUCGUCACACCCUUUGCCAGGGGCCAGCCUAUGAUCUCUCAGUAAGGGAGUGUCCCUAGACCCACACCCCUUUGCCAUGGGGUUUUCUAGUCAGCUUGUUUUAUGUUUAUUUCAGCAAAGUUUCAUUGCCAAUGAUCAUGAGGCCAAAGUUGCACUGCUGCAAUGGAAACAGGAGAACUUUUGGAUACCGAAGCACUCUUGAUAGGUUCAGAGUCGGAUGGAAAGCAUUGUGAUGGAGUCUAAACUGAUCAGACACUUUGAAAGCGCUAUGCUUUGAUCUUCAUGGUUCAUGCGGAGUCCUCAUAGAGGGUUAACAUGGAGCAGUCAGUUUUGAACCCUUUUCUUUUAAAAGGACUGAAGCAGUUACAAGCACUUGGAUGCAGUUUAUGGCAGACAAAUAAGGAGUGAGUACAGUUUGAGGUGAAGUCGAGUUUGUUGGUGAGUGAAUACAGUUUUAAAAUGGACUGCUAUAAUGCAGAACACUGAGUUCCUUUUCCUCCCUCAUAUGUCUAAUUUUAAGGCCUUUUGUUCAUCUCUGUGGAGACGGACUCCUUUCAUAUCAUUCCAUCCUGAUCCAGGAGACAGACAUUCAAUAAAGUUUUAUAAUGAAA